AUGAGUACUGAGACACCAGACCGCUAUCGAUCAUCUUUGACUCUAGGUCAGAAUUCAGGGACGUCCACCCUUGAGAUACCAUUAACGCCCCAGAGCGAUGACUUGCCAAAAGAACCGCCAAAGGGUCCUCCUAUGAUGGGGCCUCCUCCACCAAAUGGUGGACUCGUCGCUUGGCUGCAUGUCGCCGGUGGCUUCAUGCUCUUCUUCAACACUUGGGGAAUCUUGAAUGCAUUCGGUGUUUUCCAAACCUACUACGAAUCAGGCGCACUAUUCACACGCUCAUCAUCCGAUAUUUCAUGGAUCGGCGCAAUUCAAGCUACAAUGCUACUCAUGGUCGGAUUUAUCACUGGUCCAAUCUACGACCGCGGAAACCUCCGUUUGCUCCUGAUAAUUGGUAGCUUCGGAAUUGUCUUCGGGCACAUGAUGCUGAGUCUUUGCAAAACAUACGGCGAGGUGUUAUUAGCCCAAGGUUUCUGCGUUGGCAUUGGCGCUGGGUGCCUCUUUGUGCCGUGUGUAUCCGUUCUACCGACAUAUUUUAGCUCACGACUGGGUAUGGCGCUUGGACUUGCUGUCUCAGGUUCCUCCCUCGGUGGAAUCAUCUACCCGAUCGUACUGAAUCAACUCAUCGGGCCGCUUGGUUUCGGUUGGGCUGUUCGAGUCAUUGGCUUCAUUGCAUUGGGCACGCUUCUGAUCCCCAUCGCGGUUAUGCGUCAGCGUGUCAAGCCGCCACGCGCCCGUAGUCUGGUUGACUGGUCCGCUUUUACGGAUGUGCCUUAUAUGACCUUUGUUCUCACAUCGCUGAUCGCGUUCAUGGGCCUUUUCGUGCUGCUCUUUUAUAUCUCCUACUUUGGUGGUGCGACCGGUAUCACCGAUACAAGUAUGAGCUUCUACAUCCUGCCCAUCCUCAACGCAGGCUCUUUUUUCGGUCGGACUGUGCCCAAUGCGUUGGCGGAUAAGACGGGUUCUUUCAACCUUAUCGCUCCAUGCUGCAUCCUGGUUGGCAUACUUAUUCUGUGCAUGCUAGCCGUGACGACACAAGCUGGACUCAUCGUCAUCGCAGUGUUGUCAGGUUUCUUUAGCGGUGCACUGAUUGGUCUUCCUCCUCUAUGCUUCGUUGCACUGACGAAGGACAAGUCCAAGAUUGGAACUCGCAUUGGUAUGGGAUUCGGCAUGAUCGGUCUUGGCGUUCUGGCUGGUGGACCUGCUGGAGGUGCGAUCUUGGCUCAUUCUGGAAAUACGAAUUGGCACGGGGUGUGGAUAUUUGGAGGAGUUAGUGCCCUUGUGGCUGGGUUCAUGUAUGCUGGAGUGCGCGUGGCAUUGUAUGGAUUUAGAGUCGGGGUGAAGGCUUAA